AGCGUUCUUAGUCAAAUCUAGGUCAACGUUAGGGCGCCCUCGUUUCUACUUGUCAGUCAUGGUUUCGUUUGGAAUAAUUUUACAUCUACCCUCAUUAUUUAGUUCCUGAUUUUGGGGUUAGCUAUAAUUAUCCGAAUGUGGUCUAUUAGGUCUGUACUAUAGGGUUGUCUUAGAAAAUGCAAGAAAAUUGGAAAUUGAAGGAGAUAAAAACAUUUUGAAAAGGGUACUUUAAAUAGUUUAAAUAGUUAAAGUCUUGUGUGUGUCUUAGGAAACGUUUUGCGAUUGACUUUGCUUUUGAUUAACUUGACACUGCCUAAUCAAUAUGAAUUGUUUUAAGAGCGGCAGUGAUGGUGCAUCUACGAAUGAUGAUUAUUGAGUGGGCUAUUCUUGGAGCCGUGAUUGAAGUGUGCACUACGUGAAUAGCCAGCAUCUGUCCACUUAGCUCGCUUUCAGAACGGGGUGAAAGGAAAACCCGGACAGCCAGCGCACAGAUGCGACGUUGGACUGGCGGUUUAGAAGGCGUAUUACGCGGACGUUUUGCGCGGGUAACUGUUACAGUCAUCUGCCUAUUCUAAUAAAGACUCAUACAGUUCAUCAUUUAAGGAAGUCUCACAAAGAAGAUAUGGCCUAAAACAGACCCCAAAAAGAUAUAAACAAGUUAUGACUAUAGGAAUGUAACAUAUUAAUUCAUUCCCUACAUAACAUAGAUUAGCAUACUAAGAAUGCCAGUUGCAAGGCUGAAAAUAGGCUUUAAAGGUUAUUUUGUGGCAUUGACAAUAACAGUGUAAACAUUGUAACUUGUAACUGGAGUUCAACUCCAGAGACGCUGCGCUGUCCAGCGUGUUUCAGUCCCGUUCCUGGAACGAUCCGCUCCGCGUUAAUGAGGCGAUCCCACUCUAAACGCACUCAGUUCCUUCUUGAAAGAGUCGAGUGUGUGUAUUUAGGAUAAUGCCUUUGAUUCAGUAACAAUUCAGUGUGGGAGCUCUGCCUGACUGGUCAGUCAGUUACGCGCUGAAGGAAGGGACGGAUCUCCAGUUGUUUAGAAUAUGCUUCGCAUCUUUCACAGGAACUUGUUAAAGCAUUAGAACAUUUUCGUAACCUGUUUAUCUAGACUUUUGUCUUAUCUCAGCAAUUCAGUUUUACAGGCUGUAGCCUGCUUUGAACUGGCGUGAUAUUGGAUUAAGAAGCGCGGACUAGAUACUACCGCCUUUCUCCAUCAAAGGUGUAGCCAGGUUAUGAGCUCACUGCUGCUCCCUACCUCCAUCAUGAAGGAUCGUGACUCCCUGACCCUCUUGCACUACCCCAGCUCUGGUAACACCAGCCCACAGUUCCCUCCUCCCAACCUCCAUGCUACGUCCCCGGGCUUGGCCAAGCCCCAGCCCUUCUGCCUGCAGUCCAGCCAGCACCUCAUCGCCUCCAUGCAGCUGCAGAAGCUGAACAGCCACUAUCAGAGCCUGACUGGGUCUUCAGGAGUCCCAGGUGGAGCGAACAGAGGGUUUGGCACGGCGUCGCUGAGCCCGGCACAGUUCUCUGCCCCCGGGAUGGCUCAGGGUCCUGGGAUCAUCGAUUCGGAUCCAGUGGAUGAAGAGGUUCUGAUGUCACUGGUGGUUGAGCUGGGCCUGGACAGGGCUAACGAGCUCCCAGAGUUGUGGCUGGGGCAGAACGAAUUUGACUUCAUAUCAGAUGUACCUGCUGGGUGCUGACACCCCCCCCCCCCCCCCAGGUCACCUACACAUCUCUCAUCGACAGUCUCCCUAUUGCGCUACAGGCUGCUGCUGAAUGCCUUGUACAGCUGUGACCUUUAAAUAUUAUUAUAUAAUUUUUUAUUUUUUUUAUUUUUUUGGAAGCUCAAUGCCUAAUAUCUGUGUGUAAUGUAGGCCCUUGCUACUGAAAACUACAGAGGUUUAGAUGGCUACAUAUUCAGUCAAAAGACUCCUAAAAGGCAGUCACAAAUGCCUGUCUGCUACAAGGAUGCUGAACUAUAAGUUAGGUUGUAGCAAAAGACUUUGGCAGGGAAGCUCUCUGGAAAAUAAAACUUGGUGCACUGUAUAUCAUCGUCAUUCAAACUGAGGUCUUUAAUGCUUGCCAAGCUCUCCUUUCAAAUCGGUGAAAGAAUUUCUCUUCCAGCAGUCACCAGACAUGGAGUCCAAUCAUAAGCUUCACACAUGGCCGGGGCCUCCAGCACGAGCCAUACCAAAAGUGUCUUAUGGCGUUAAUUUUUUUUCUUUUCCCUUUCCUUCCUGGAACUCCAAGAUGUUGAGCAGAAAUUUGCCAAAUAACAUGCCAUCUUGGAGGAUGGAUAUAUGACGACUUUUUUUUUUUGGACACAGGUCUUUACCAUUUGACUACAAAACUCGAGUGAAAGAGGCAUUACCUGACGUGACAUCGGGAUGUGGUCCUUGGAGUACUCUGGUUUCGCCCAUUUCCUCUGGUCGUCUUUCUGUCAUCGGAGUGGAUAGUGUUCGGUUCUGUAGCGGAAGGUGAUCCUGCAACCGGGGCUACUCUUUUCGAAAAUGCAUGUCACUGUAAUCCUCACUUACCCCAGAGGAGGCUGAUCUGGGGGACAGCUUUUCAUGGUUAAAUAUAUUAAUGAUAGCAGUUUGGUCCAGUUGUUGCCUACAUGGUCAUAUAGCCUACGUUUUCAGUAUGGAAUGGUUGGGAACAGCAGAAUAAAACUUUUUUUUUUUUGCAGAUAUCUAAAGCAUUUAAGAGCUAAGAAUUAAAAGAAUCCUAUUAAAAAGCACUAUUUGUACAAGUUUAAUUGUCUUAUUUUGUCUUGUUUAAGAAUAGAAAAAUGUUAGAUCUAAGCAUAUUCUUAGACUCUACUGUCUUGUUUGCAGAUGUUUUCUAAUUUAGCAUAGGGUGAUGUGUACCUGUGUUGAGGUUUAAAGCGAUUUGAUGAUUUGUCUGUUUUUGGUUAAACAAUUCUGAAUGAAUCAAGUGGUGAUUUUGUUUGUUUAAAUUUUUUUUUAGCACUUUCUUUCCAUCUCAUAUUUUUCUACAAAAGAUCAUUAUUUUUAAAUGAGUGUACUCUGCUACUUUCUGAAUAUAAUAAAGAGAGCAGAAUUAAACGUU